AAGACAAUGUCUGGAAGCUUCUACUUUGUCCUUGGCCACCAUAAUACAGUUUUUGAAGUGGUGUUUUUGCCAGCUGGGAAAGCAGAAUCCAAAGACAACCACCGUCAUCUAAACCAGCUCAUAGCUCACGCUGCUCUCAACCUAGUAGAUGAGAACAUGUGGCUGUCUAACAACAUGUAUUUAAAGACUGUGCACAAGUUGGAGUGGUUUGUGUCGACAUUUGUCCCUGCAGGGCAUGUGAGAUUUAUUAUGCUUCAUGACAUAAGGCAAGAAGAUGGAAUAAAGAACUUUACUGAUGUCUAUGAUUUAUAUGUAAAGUUUGCAAUGAAUCCAUUUUAUGAACCCAAUUCUAUUCAAUCAAGCGCAUUUGACAGAAAAGUUAAGUUCUUUGGAAAGAAACACCUUUUAAACUGAAUGCAGAAAAACAUCUAAAUAAUGUUACAAAACUGGGGUAAACUCAGGAAUGUGUACAUUGUUAAGUAACUUCAUUAAAAAGCCUGGAAAACUUUUUUCAAAAAUCACAAUAAAUGGCAUUCAAUAUGUGUAUGUUAAGAAUUGUGUACAUGGGCAGCUCCUGUGGCUCAGUGGGUAGGGUGCUGGCCCCAUAUACCGAGGGUGAGGGGUUCGAACCCAGCCUGGCCAAACUGCAACAAAAAAAAAUAGGCAGGCGUUGUGGCAGGUGCCUGUAGUCCUAGCUACUCUGUAGGCUGAGGCAAGAGAAUCGCCUAAGCCCAGGAGUUGGAGGUUGCUGUGAGCCGUAACACCACAGCACUCUACCAACGGCGAUAAAGUGAGACUAUCUCUAUAAAAAAAAAAAAUUGUGUACAAAUUGAAGUGGCUGUACUGAUCCUCAGCACCACCAAUAAGACCUCAGUUACAAAAGGAAAAAAGUAAUCUGCAUAGGAGUCCUGACUCUAAUUCUGUCCUUGACACCUCCAGAUUUCAUUAUCCAGAAUAAGCCACUGAAUGUCUCUGGGCCUCUGGUACAUCAAAAUAGAGGGAUUGGAAUUGAAUAUUCUUUUUUGCCCUUUCUAACUUAAACAGUCUUUAAUUUUAAAUAGACAUGUAAAUUAUAGAAGGUUUAUGAACUGUAUGACAAUUUCUCUUAGCAUGUUGAAAGCAUUUAGCGUAAUACUUUUUCAUUUCUUUAUUUUAGUUUUAUUUUGAGAAGAGGUCUGACUCUAUAACUCAAGCAGGAAUGCAGCUUCUCAAGCAAUCCUGCCUUAGCUUUCCAUGUAGCUGAGAUUGCAGGUGCAUGCCACUAUGCCUGGCUAAUUUUUUUUUUUUUUGUAGCAACAGGGUUUGACUACAUGCCCAUGCUCUCAGACUCUGGUCUGAAGUGAUCUUUCUACCUUGGCCUCCCCAAACGUUAGGAUUAUAGG